UCCUGUCCGUUUGUAUGAUCGGACUGACUGAAGGUAGAUGUCCGGAGUGUGACAGCAGCGGAUCUGUGUCCGCCGGAUUGGUGCAGGUGGUGAAGGCGCUUUGAAAACCUCCAUCUCUGCCCGAGUGAGAGUCGACUGGAGCUGUCUGGCUGGUCCCACUUCACUACUAUGACUCUGAGCUGCUGAAGAUUUUUCUUUUUUCUUCAAUUCACCGUCCUUUUUGAAGCCCUCUUGAUUCCUCAAUGGGUUCCCGCAGCCAAGGCUUCUUCCACAACCACCACCACCACCAUCGCAGCUCCAUGGUGCCCACUGCGGUGCCGAGGCUCCUGCCUGAGAACGGCAGCCUGCUGGGGGGCAUCGCACAAAUCACCCCCAACCUCUUCCUCAGCAGGGGGAACGUGGCAUCAAACCGCAGCCUGCUGCUGUCGAAAGGCAUCACCUGCGUGGUCAACGCCACCAUCGAGCUCCCAAACUUCAACUGGCCUCACAUGGAGUACGUAAAGGUCCCUUUGGCGGAUAUGCCCCACUCCCCCAUCUCCUUGUACUUCGACAGCGUGGCUGAUAAGAUCCACAGCGUGGGACGCAAACGAGGGGCGGUGCUUGUGCACUGCGCAGCGGGGGUUAGCCGCUCAGCCUCUCUGUGCCUGGCGUACCUCAUGAAGUAUCACCGCGUGUCUCUGGCUGAGGCCCACGCCUGGGUUAAAGCCCGCCGCCCUGUCAUUAGGCCCAAUGGCGGCUUCUGGCGCCAGCUCAUCGAGUAUGAGAGGAAGCUGUUUGGUAGAAACUCUGUUAAGAUGGUGCAGACACCCUAUGGGGUCAUACCAGAUGUUUAUGAGAGGGACCGCAGGAGCCUGGCUCCGUACUGGGGCCUGUGAGAGAGGCUGCGCCAACCGUCCACAGCGAGGGAUCGAGUAGGAAAGUGAAGAUGAAGCCCUUUUGCCCUUCUGGACUGCAGGUUCCCGCCUGUUCUGGACAGGCGAAGUGAGAUGUGUGUGAGUGUAGAUCUGUGUGAAGCUUAUUUAAUGAAUAUUGGUGCACUUGGACAGAGGGAGUCUAAUCGGACACUGGUUGUUGCUGAUGGAGCAGCUGCUCAUCCAACCAGUCACCUCUAUUUAGUCUUUGAAUGGGAGCAAGGCCACUUCAAGCCCAGAAUCCUUCGGACCAAAGGAUCGAUUGGGACCACAAUUAUGUCAGACACCAAAACAAAAUGCUCGGACUGAGCAAGUCGGAACUGUCCAUCUUCUGGUCUGU